UUAAUAAACCAUUUAUAUUUUCAAUGAGAAAAAGUUUUUAUAAUUUUAUUAAAAUUUAAUUGCUCGGCAUACGUAUUUUAAAAUAAUUACCGUGUUUUUAAUAAUUACGAAAUAAAUCUUCUACGACCUAAUAAAAAUGAAUUAUUCUAGUAUAUUCAUAUUUUUCUUAUUAUCUUUAGCAACUAAUGGUCAACCAAAACAAAAAGAAAAAAGCAAAUGGAACAUUUUAUCAUGGCAAGAGGGAGGAGUGUAUGACCAUUUAAGCAAGUGUUGGAUUUUCUUGUAUCAACUAUUAUUUAAAAAAAAUAAUUGUUGCCAAGAUUACAUCGUCAGUAAAAAAAAUGUUAAUCAAAAAUUAAGAGAAAUUAUGUUGCUUAUUAAUCACGAGUACACGAUAAGCUUAGUAUGGAUUGUGAAUCACAUAAGACACAUUGCUGUGAAUUGUAUUUGGAAAAAAAUGUGGUAUCCUUUAGAAGAUCACACGCAUUGUGUGAAUUUAUUAUUACCAAACAUAGAAAAUUCCAAAAAACUCAUUAUACGUUUUAUUAGUGCAAUAAAUUUCCUGAUGAAAUUGUUAAAUAUCAAAACCAACCCAUUUAUUUUAGAUGAAUUAAUAAAAUUUGUUGGAGUGAUAAGCAGAGAAAUAAAUGAAAAUGACAAUUCAUAUGUAGACAAAAUUGAACGUAUAUUCAAAGAGGAGUACGAAGGGAAUAAUUGUAAAUUGAACAAUAUAGUUCGAGACUAUUGCAUUAAUCGAAGAUAUACUAGCGUAAUUUAUAUUGAUUUCGAUCUUGAUAAUUAUAAAAAGAAAAAUCAUUUACCUAAUACGUUUGAAAUGUAUGAAUUUGUAGAAGUUACCUUAAGAAAUGGUAUUCAGGAUAAGGAGAAAACAUUAUAUACUAAUCUGGGCUUUUUUUAUGACAAAUUAAAAAAUGAAACUACUUAUGUUCAUGAAUUGGUAAUUGUAAAGAGAAAAAAAAAAUUGUUUUGUUUAUAACUGUUAAAUUGUUAUAGUCAAUUUUUCUCUAACUCACGAUUUUUUAUACAUAUGAAUAUUAAAAAAUAAAAUAAAUUUAUA